UGGAUACCACAUUUUCAUCGACGAGUACAUACGAAAUUAUGCUACUUACCGGUUAAAGAGGAAGAGGUCCGUAUUUGAAUGUUUUAAAAUUGAAUAUAAGCUAAAUAACACGAGACAGGUGCAUGUGUUUUUAAAAUACAUAGGGACAUUCCAUCACAAGCGAACUAGACUGGGGAGAACACAUCAACAACAUUACCAAUACCAGCAAAGCCAGCAGAAGCCUUGGUUUCCUCCACCGAAACCUACACGUCGGCUCUAAAAGCACCAAAGAGCAAGCAUACAAAACUCUUGUAAGGCCCCAACUAGAAUACGCCACAACAGUAUGGGACCCAUAUCAUCAAAAACAUAUUGUCCCAUAUUGACCAAAUUGAAAAAGUUCAAAGGAGGGCUGCGCGAUACGUCACCAAGUGCCACAGAAACAGAUCAUGUGUCACGGACAUGAUUAACAAAUUUUAGUUGGAAAAGCCUCCAAGAACAACGCAGAGAGGCCAGGCUUGCAAUGAUGUAUAAGAUCGUCAACGACAAAGUAGCCAUCAACAAAGACAUGUACCUCCAAAAAACAACUAGACUAUCCAGACACACACAACAGCAUGGAUACAUAGUACAAACAGCAACCAAAGACUGCAGGAAAUGGUCCUUCUUUGUGAACACCACCAAAGACUGGAACAAGCUUCCCCUGGAGAUCGCCACAGCACAGUCAUUUGAGAAAUUCAAAUCUCAAAUGACCAACCUUACAAACUAAAGAUGAACAUUUGCUUUUAUCCUGUUUUUAACCAUGCUGAACCAAAUUUGCCAGUAUAUUCAGAAAGUUGAAUGUGGGCAGUAUAUGGAAGAAGAAGAAGAAGAAGAUUUUGUAAACUGCUUGUUUUUGCCUGCAGUAUUUAAUGGUUAUGUCCCUUACUUCAGCUUUAAAAACAUCCCACUUAACUCGAGGAUCUACAGCCUUUCUGCAGAACUAGACACACUACAGAUUCCAGUUGGAGGAGAUCAGCUUACCAGGGUCAGAUUCCAAGGGGCAAAGACACUAAGAGCUGGAGCACAUACUAAGCAAGAAAGAUUUGACCAGUUAUACCCAAUAGUAAUUGAGUUGUUCCACACUCUUCAAGACUUUCUAGAGAAACUAUGCAAAAGAUUUCUGAAAUUAGGUAACAGCAGAGACCAGGGAACUUUAGCUAACCUGAAGAUUUUGAUUCAGAGGUCAAAUGUCAAUGGAAAGGUGAAAAGUAGAUUUAAGGCCCAUGAAGACUUUGUCCUUACUGUAGGGCAUUCUUACUUCCUUGAAUAUGCGAUGAAAAAAUUUGAUAUGAAAGACUUGGACGACACACCAACCCACAAACUGUUACCUGAAAAUGUUAAACAGUUACAUGCUCCUUCAAAACAGAAGAGUUUUGAUGCCAUUAUGGAGGAAGUGAUAGCAGACAUUUAUAUACCUUAUGAAACUCAGGCACCCAAAAAAAUGGAUCUAAAACUACUGAUAGCCAACCAGGCAUACCAAUGCUCUGCAUCAUUAAACAAUAACACAGCAGUAGUACCACUCUUGUUUAAUGGUAGACAGACUAUCAUACAAGUUCCUGUUCCUAGACUACAAGACUGCUGCAGCAUAAAUGUGAAUGGCAUUACAAUUUUUAUUCAGGAAGUGAAAAAGGGACAAGAUGACCUGUUUAAUUAUGUUCACAAUUUUCUUCAAUGGUAUUUUAUUAUUUUGCAAAUGCAAGAUGCUAUUCAUGAAGGAGAUAUGGUUAGAACAAAUGUAAUCAUUAAGACAAUGAUUCCAUUUUUUUUCUCACACUCAGUUCUUUCUAAGUAUUUUACCGAAUGUAUUGACUUCAUUCUAAAAACUGAGUUCACUUUGCCACCUCAUGUUGCUGCAGAAGUGAGGGCUGCAUCUGUUAACGUUCAUGGUGGUAUUGGGAAAAACAAGGCUGCAGACAUGCACAAGGAAAAUGAGGUUAUGUUCUAAAUUCACUGUGUUCAAACGAACAUAAAGUAUUUAUGUGCAUAAUCUCUCUAGAUUUUUGUAUAGCAUACAUAUCUGAGCACAUUCAGAUAUGUACCUUUAUACGAUAAAGGCAUAAUAGAAAAGUAAAUACAUAUUUAGGUACUGUUAGGCGCAAUGACCAUCUCGAUUACUGUUAGGCGCAAUGACCAUCUCAAUUUUAAUAAGAUCCAGAGAUCACAAUAUUUUAUCAAACAUAAAUAACAGCUCAUGUUUUGAAUACGGAAACCAUGCACAUCUACGCAAAAAAGUCCUUUAUAAACAUCACAAAAUCUCAAUUUGAUCAACAAUACCGGUAAAAGACAGCAAUCAAACAUCUACAAAAUAUAUACAAAACAUAUUAAUUCUUUACGUACAACUUCAAUACAUUAAAAAACAGAAUUCUUAAUGAAAAUUAGACUUCAACACAAAAGAAACGUACGACAAUGGUCACUGCCCAAACCUCGAUAAUUAAAAUUCGUGCAAACUUUCUUUAUAUACUGACCGCCAAAACCGGUUUACAACUAUUGUGAAAACACAAUAGAAUAAAUUACAUACUUCAAAAAUCAUACCCGAACUGCACAUAAAUAUAUCUAUGUUCUAAAUUCACUGUGUUCAAACGAACAUAAAGUAUUUAUGUGCUAAAUCUCUCUAGAUUUUUGUAUAGCAUACAUAUCUGAGCACAUUCAGAUAUGUACCUUUAUACGAUAAAGGCAUAAUAGAAAAGUAAAUACAUAUUUAGGUACUGUUAGGCGCAAUGACUAUCUCGACGCACAAAGAAAGCAAACUUACAUAUCAUAUACCAAGAUUUUGAGAUACUGACAAACGCUUCUGUAAACUUUCUUAUACAUAGCCGUCUUUAGCUUGAUCGGAUUUCCACCGACUGUGUAUUUUAAAUAACCUAUCUGAAAUAUUGUUUUGAGCGGCAGCUGUGGCACCACCCGAUCUAAAACUAUGCAGACCAAAAUCUUUAGAGUUACAACCAAUCUCUGAUAAUGCACAUUUAACCAAUUCUCUCGCUCUGGUAUACGACAAACUAUAGUUUUUCUUCCUAAGAACAAAAUUCUGUGUUUUCUUCAAAAAUGACAAAGGUCUAAAUAUAUACAUAUCUGAAGACAAAUCAAUAUUUGCUGACCUUAAAUAGCAGUCUAAUAUUGUACAUGGACAUUGUGGAGUGUCAAGCUUUGAUAUCAAUACAUGUCUGCCUUUCCUGUAACAGUCUGUUUUACUCUUCUCAAUAAAAAUGUCUAUAUAUUGAUUACAAAAUGAAA